UCCGUAUUUCACUUAGAGACAGAUACACUGAUCUGUCCGACUCUGACCUUGAUAACAGAGUCAGAGAAGUAGUUGGAGGAAAUGAUGAACUUGGAGCAGAGUCAGUCUGGGCACGUCUGGCUGGUCAGGGUGUUGUGGUGCAGCGGCACAGAGUCCGACAAAGUUUAAUUAGGACUAAUCCAGUGGGAGCAGCCCAGAGAGUCACUACACGUAGACUGCACAGAAGAGUCUAUAAGGUUGCCGGGCCAAAUUCAUUAUGGCAUUUGGAUGGUAAUCAUAAAUUAAUCAGGUGGAGGAUUGUCAUACAUGGUGGGAUUGACGGGUACAGCAGGCUUGUUGUAUUCUUAAAGGCUUCUUCCAACAAUCGCAGUGACACAGUUUUCCAUAGUUUUGUAGAAGCCAUUGGCCAAUAUGGUUUACCUUCAAGAGUCCGCUGUGAUAAUGGAGGGGAGAAUAAUGCAGUCUGCCUAUUUAUGAAUGUCUUCCGAGGAUUCACCAGAGGAAGUGCUCUGAGAGGAAGGAGCACGCACAACCAAAGAAUCGAGAGAUUGUGGCGGGACGUUUGGCAGGGCAUCUCCAAUACUUACUAUGCAUUAUUCAUGCUUUUGGAAAGUGAGGGUAAAAUUGACAGUACCAAUGAAAUGCACCUGUGGGCAUUACAUUAUGUGUAUAUACCUCGAAUUAACAGGGAUCUCCAACUGUUCAUUCAACAAUGGAACCACCACAAGCUGAGAACUGAACAGUACAUGUCUCCCCAUCAGCUCUUCAUUCGAGGAUGUCUCUCACAGCUAACUCGAAACCAGACAGGGAUACGUGGAAUCCUUGGAGCAGAUGAAGAGCCAGUUGCAGAGCCAGUUGCAGAGCCAGUUGCAGAUGUUAACAUUCCUCCAGCUUCAGAAGAAGUUACCCGCCAAGAUUUUCAAACAAUUUUCAACUGGCCAGAAUCUGUUGAGAUUCCUGCCAACCACUUCAACAUUCAAGGAGGAGUCAUGGAACAACUUGUGCAGCAGGUCAACCCUCUUGGUGGAAGACGUGAUGAUUUAGGGACUGAUCUUUUGGAGCAAGUUAUUAAUUUCCUUGAAAAUAUUCCUCAACCCAUAUAGAUCACACAUACUCUGGAACAAAUUUUUGGGAUAUUUAAGAUUUUUUAUGUUUUUUCUUAUGGUCACUUAAGCUGCAUUUAUUUGAUAAACAAUAUGUUAAAACAGUAAUACUGUGAAAUAAUAUAAAUUAAAUUACAAUUUAAAACAACUGUUUUCUAUUUAAAUAUUGUUUAGAAUGUAAUUUAUUUCAUCGCCCUUACAGGAAACAUUCAAUAUUAUUAACAAAGUUGAAAACUGUUUAAUAUUUUUGUGUACACUACUGGACAUUAAUAUUUAACAUUAAAAAUACUAUUUGAAUGCAGUAAGAAUGUAUUAAAUUGAUCAAAAGUGACAGUGAAUAAUUUUAUAAUGUUACAAAAGAUUUUUUAACUUUCCGUUUUUUAAACUAAAUCCUGAAAAAAGUAUCAUGGUUUAUUUAUCACAAACUUAUGAUGAAUCACAAAAAUAUUAAGCAGAACAACAGUUGUCCACGUGAUAAAAAUCAUAAAUGUUUCUGAGCAUCAAAUCAGCAUAUGAGAAUGAUUUCUGAAGGAUUAUGUGACAAGAAUGGAGUAAUGAUGCUGAAAAUUCAGCUUUGUGUAUAUUUACAGGUACAAAUUACAUUUGACAAUAUAUUUACAUAGACAACAGCUAUUUUACAUAGCAAUAUUUCACAAUAUCACUGUUCUUGAUUAUUAUUAAUAUUUAUUAAAUAAAUGCAACCUUUUGUGAGCAUUAGAGACCUAUUUAAAAACAUUAAAAAUCUUAAACAUUUUAAACUUUUGGUCACCAAUGCAGAUCAUAUCAUAAGUUCUUCCUACCACUCACUCUUUUUAAGAUUGACCAAGUAUUCAUUUUGAGUGCUCUACGCACAUAAACCUAGAUUGCUGAAGUAAAUUAUUUGUAUUUACAGCAUUAUAUUUAGAUCUUUGCAUUUCACAAUGAUUUUGAGAAACAACGCUGUACUCAUUUAUAAACAUAACUGAACUACAGUCUAUAUAUUUGUCUAGAAAUACAUGACCAAGGACUGAAAAUAACAUUUAUUAUUUGGAAUCUGCAAUAGUGUAAUGUAAUAAAACAGAAGAUGCAAUAUUUCCUCUUAUUUUUGGAAUUUUUAUUUUCAGAGAAAAGACAACAGAUGUAACAACAAACAUUGUUGUCUUUAAAUUAAUUAUGCACCAACUGUUGAAACUACAAAAUCCACUUUUAACAUUGGAAGUGUUCUCUUUUAAUUUUUUAUUUCUAAACUGUUUUAUGCAUUUGAAUUGUUAACAUUCAAGAACAUAAUGUUGUUCGAGAAAAUAAAGUUUUUGCAAAAAAAUCUCACUGAACUUAAUGAGAGUUAACCCAAAAAUGAAUUUUCUGUCAUUAAUCACUCACCUUCAUGUCGUUCCAAACCCGUAAGC